CGGCGGACUGCUCCAUCCGAAGGGAGCGGACCAUAGAGUUGGGCAAGCGUGGACGAGGAGCACCUGGCUUCCGGCGCUUGGACAAGAGGGAAUGAAGCCGCCAGGGACCUGGCCGGAAGUAGGGCACAGCUGCCAACUCGUCAUGCGGCUAUUGCUACUGGCUCCCGGACGAGCCCAGACGGGCAACGGCACCACCGCCCGGAGGAUCCAAGAUCAUUUACAAGCUGCAGGGCAUUUGUGUCUCUUGAAGGAUGCCUCUGAUUAUGACUCCCCGUUGGCAAUUUCGAAUCUCAUCUCUUCGGAGAAAUUGGAGGCAGCUCUGGGCAUCCAUCUCUUUAAAGCUGGAAGGCUUCUUCAAGGAAGUCCUGUUCCUUUUGGGAUUAUCUUUGGAGGCACGGAUGUUAACGAAGAUGCCAAAAGUGGGGAGAAGGCCCUAAUUAUGGAGAAGGUGUUGGAUGAAGCCAGGUUUGCUGUGUCCUUCACCAAAGCCAUGAGAGAAACAGCUGCAACGUAUUGGCCUCAAAGCAGGAACAAAAUCUGUGUCCAGGCUCAAGGGAUCGUGAGCCUCCCGAACAGGCAGCAUAACUGGACCGAAUUUCUGCAGAGGGCAGGGAUUGUCCAGGUCGACCAGAAUCUAUACAUCUUCCUGCUGAUCUGUGGACUAAGGAGAGUCAAAGAUCCUCUUUAUCUACUGGAUGUUUUUUCAGAGUGGCAUCAGGAAGACUCCAGGGUACAUCUGAUCAUCGUUGGACCUCCUGCUGAUCCAGCUUUUGCCAAAGAAGUCGAGGAGAAAGUGAAGAGGGCAACUGGGGUCCACUUAUUGCCAGCCAUCCGCCAGGAAGAUCUUCAUGCCGUUAUGGAAAACUGCUUUGCCGUUGUUAACAGUUCUGUAUCCGAAGGGAUGUCAGCUGCAAUUUUAGAGAUUAUGCGAAACCCGCUAAAUAGCUCGCUCCGCUGUGAACACCUCAAAGCUCAAAGGGGUGCCGGGAGAAAAGUUUUUUAAAAAGCAAGAAGAAGAAAACAACUAACAACAAAAAAGAGCAGAGGUUCCCACUUCCUUUUCAUGAUCUUCAAAAAGGUCAGAAAAAAUCUCUUUGGACUUCCUACCAGAGAAGCUUUGGAAGGUUCGGACAAGGUUAAAACCCCUUUGGGCUCGGCUCUCCUCUUUAAACAAGACCCCGAGGAGCGAAGGUGCAGUUUGGAAAAAAGCAAUAAUGGAGACCACAUCGGCAGCCUCAAGAUUCUCCUGUGCAAAAUUGCAGCUGGAAAAAAAAAAAAAAAUUGAUGGAAGUCGGCUUUGAAAUGCAAUUCCUUCCCCCCCACCCCACCCCCUUUCUGUUGACGCUCCAAAGCCUUUAAAUUUAGCCCAUUCGUUGCUGGAUGGUCUGGCCUGAAGUUGUAAAGUUUGUAUUCUGGAUGUUGUAGCAGCCAAGACGGAUUUGAGCUACUUCCACUUUUCUGGUUUAUGUUUCCUUUCUUGGGAGAUCCAGGCACGGUUCUCCCGAAAGAAGAACAACAAAACGACAGAAUAACAAGACUUGAAAGGGACCUUGGAGGUCAUCAAGUCCAACCCCCUGCUCAGGCAGGAAACCCUACACCAUUUUGGA